AUGGAUAAAGCCAUUGGGUCGGAGGAAACCUCUAAUCUCAGACUUUUUGGGGUCACUGCUUCCGAAUCCGGGGUCAAUUUGACACCAUCAGGUCAAUAUAAAGAUCCUCGAGUAAGGGAUUGGCCUUUACUGGGAAGUAUAUGGCCAACUUUUUUAAUAGUAUUCACUUAUGUAUAUUUUGUGUUUCACUAUGGUCCACGAUACAUGAAAAACAGGCCAGCAUACGAACUGAAGACUUUUAUUCGGCUUUACAACAUUUUUCAAGUCGUUUCAAAUGCUUACAUAGUCUACGAAAUUUUAGCAGUUUAUCCCGACGCAACAGCGUUACGAUGUGACACAGGUGAUUAUUCCUGGAAUCCUGAUGCAGUAAGAGCAGCAAGGGCUUGUUAUUACGUAACAUUAUUGAAAAUAGUUGACCUCAUUGAGACAGGUCUGUUUGUCCUACGAAAGAAGGACAACCAAAUUUCAUUUUUACAUGUCUAUCAUCACAUAAGUACAGUAGUACUCAGCUUGAUACUUACCAGAUAUUUUGCUGGAGGAAUGGCAGUUUUUUAUCCAGCACUAAAUAGUACAGUUCAUAUAAUAAUGUACAGCUACUACUUUUUGAGCAGUAUAGAAGGAAUUAAGAAGGAGGUUCAUCGCUUCAAGCGCUAUGUAACAAUAAUACAAAUGAAUCCAUUAUGCGUCGUUCCAAAAUUCCCAAUCCUUGUUAUGGUUCCAAAUGUACUUGUAAACUUUUACUUAUUUUAUGACUUUUAUAAGAAAACCUACCUAGGUUCGAAAAAGAAAAAAUAA